AUGGCCUACGGAUGGGGCAGCCAGUGGGGCAAGGGUGGCUACGACCAGUGGGGCAAGGGCAGCUAUGACCGCUGGGGCAAGGGCAGCUACAGCCAGUGGGCUGGCAUGCCGCCGUAUACGGGAGGCCACUGGGGCAUGGGCUACGACAUGGAUCCGAUGGCCAUGGCUAUGCCGAAAGGCCUCGGCAAGGGCCCGGGCUAUUCCCAGCUCUCCAGAGGGAAGGCUUGUGUUGAGUAUGCCUCCGCCGAGGAUGCAACGAAGGCCAUCACGUCGCUGAACGGCACGACGCUGGAUGGGCGUCAGAUCAAGGUCACGGAAUGGGUCGGUGGCCAGUCGCCGCUCUCCAAGCGAGGUGACGACAAGUGUAAAGUCUACGUCGCCAACUUGAACUGGAAGACCCAGGGGUGGAAGCUGAAGGAGCAUGCGGCAACUGCCGGAAUUGUGGUCUAUGCCAAAGUGAUCAUGGACAAGGAUCCCAACGUGGACAUCUUGAGCAAGGGCUAUGGCAAGGGCUGGGGCAGCGGCUAUUGGUGA